AACGAACACGUGACAUUUCACAAGACGCGUGACGUCACAUGUAUUGCGCUGUUGAUGUUUUUUUGUACACUAUUGUAUUUGUCCCCGUGUUUUUUCCUUUUUUCCCCCAAACAAUAUAUCACAUAUUUCACCAAAUAGCCGACGUCUUGUGUUAAAAGUAUGGUAAUGUUAAUUCAUUGAGACGUUGUCCGUUACGUUGAAGACCCUCUUGGCUAGCCAGUCAGCUAGCUAGUGGGCUAACCGAUGGUUAGCUGCGUGGAGAACAACAUCGAUGUGAGGACUAAACCAGCCUUAAAGUGUCUAUGACCACCAUUUGCCUGUCGUCGAUGAAAUGAUGCAUCAACCGGUUAGGAAAGACUUCAUUUCUCUGACUCUCACCGACCAAAACUGUCACAUUUACAACAACGGCAAACACCGGAAGCAAUCCUGCUGGAGGAAAUGGAAGCAGCUGUCUCGGCUACAGCGAAGCCUCAUUCUUGUUCUUUUUGCUUUGUUACUCAUUCUGGGAUUACAGUCUUUUCCCCACAUGUCAUUGCAAAGGAGAGAGUUAUCCAGCAAGGAAGACUGGCUGGAGAUGAAUGAAAAUGAGUGGAAGCCUCCAUUUCCUGGUAUUAACUCUGUGUUUGGGCCAAACGAGAAAGCACCAGCUCCGGUGGUGGGACCGAAUCUUGGUCCAGUUGUAGGUCCAGAUUCUGUUUCAGAGCUUCAAAGACCCAACAUGCCAGUUUUUCAGAAACCUCCCAUUAUUAAAAAGUUAUUUCCAAACAAGAGGGGUCCACCAAGCCUUCAGAAGAAUAGGAAUGUUUCAGACACGUUUGUCAUGCCAAGACCAGAACAAGAUGAAGAAAGGGACAAUGGGCAGAAACAAGAAAAGGUGGUCAGCUGGCGAGGUGCAAUAAUUGAAGCGGUUCAGGUUACUGAGCCCCCACCCUCUGUUAAUGAGAAGGACAAUGCUGCCCACCUGGUACCAGACAUUCCAGCUAAUACUGCUCCAGGUACUGCUUCAGCUGUAACUAACGUAGAUAGACUGGAAGCUGUGCGGGAUUCUUUCAGACAUGCAUGGAAGGGCUACAAGGACUACGCCUGGGGUCAUGAUGAACUUAAGCCUAUCUCAAAGUCUUUUGGCGAAUGGUUUGGGCUGGGCUUGACCCUCAUCGAUUCCUUGGACACUAUGUGGAUCAUGGGUUUAAAAGAAGAAUUUGCAGAGGCAAGGCAAUGGGUAGAGAAGGAGCUCUCCUUCAACCAAAAUGUGGAUGUAAAUCUGUUUGAGACAACCAUACGUGUCCUUGGGGGGCUGCUGAGCACAUAUCACCUAUCUGGAGACCAGCUGUUCCUUGAUAAAGCUAAAGACCUCGGAUCCAGGUUAAUGCCUGCCUUCAAAACGCCCUCAAAGAUCCCGUUCUCUGACGUCAACAUCGGUAAAGGAACGGCCCACCCCCCUCGAUGGACAUCUGACAGCUCCAUGGCUGAGGUCACAAGCAUUCAGCUGGAAUUUAGAGAGCUGAGCCGCCUCACACAGGAACCACUGUACAAGGAUGUUGUAGAUGAGGUGAUGAUGAAGGUCCACAAGCUGCCGGGCAAACACGAUGGUCUGAUACCCAUGUUCAUCAACACCAACAGUGGCCAGUUCUCUCACAGAGGCAUCUACACACUAGGCGCGAGGGCGGACAGCUACUAUGAAUACCUGCUCAAACAGUGGAUCCAAGGAGGCAGGAUGGAAGACGCGCUCUUGGAGGACUACAUUGAAGCAAUCAAUGGAGUUAAAAAACACCUCGUGAGACAAACUGCACAUCACAAAUUAACAUUUGUUGGAGAACUCUCCCAUAACCGCUUCAGUCCCAAAAUGGACCACUUGGUGUGCUUUCUGCCAGGAACCUUGGCACUGGGUGCCCACUAUGAUCUUCCAGGAGACCACAUGGAUUUAGCUGUAGAGUUAAUGGAGACUUGUCACCAGAUGUACACACAGAUGGAAACGGGACUCAGUCCAGAGAUUGCACACUUCAACCUGCAUUCGGUCGAUGGUCAUGAUAUUUUCGUUAAGCCUGCAGACACGCACAACUUGCUGAGACCAGAAACAGUGGAAAGUCUCUUUUACAUGUACAGGUUUACAAAAGACCCUAAGUACAGAGACUGGGGAUGGGAAAUUCUGCAGAAUUUCAACAAGUAUACCAAGGUCUCAGAUGGCGGCUACACGUCCAUCAACAACGUCCGUGACCCUGAGAACCCAGAGCCCAGGGACAAGAUGGAAAGUUUUUUCCUAGGUGAAACAUUGAAGUACUUUUACCUUCUUUUCUCUGACGAAAUGGAGCUUCUCAGUCUGGACAAAUAUGUGUUUAACACCGAGGCCCACCCACUCCCUAUAUGGCCCUCUGCGCCUAAGUGAUGAUACCAUUACAGGACAUGUUUAAAGAUCUGAUCAUAAGGUCUAGUGAGACUGAAAGCGUUUCUCAGAUGUGUUUCUGUGAAACCAUCGCUAGUGGCCAGCAACACAGGUCUGUACUGGCCAUCUUGUACUUUGGUUUAUUUUGCACAGAGGGGAAUUAAUUUGAGACGUUUCAUAAGAAAAAGGUCUGAGCCGGUCUCUGCUGUAAAUAGGUCUGUAAAUAGGGCUAAGGGGUGUUAGGGCUACCACGACUGUGCAAGGUAUUUGUCACCUUAAUGGCGCUGAUACCAAUAGUAUGUAAGAAGUCUACAUCUAUUUGUGAUUUUGACAUCAAUGUGACGGUGCGAAGAUAAAAAUGGACCUAUUGUUGUGAAAAUCA